AUGGAACAACUUACAAUCGCUGCUGUAGCACAACUCACCGGUGUGCCUGCACACACGCUUCGCAAAUGGGAAAGCCGCCACAAUAUCGGCACGCCGCAAAGAACGCCGACGGGCCGACGGGUCUAUGACAUGUCACAUGUGGAACUGCUGCGUCUUGUGCGCUUGCUCAGCGACAAUGGCCACAGCCUCACGCACCUGGCGGCCCUUGAUCUGGAUGGUCUGAAAGCUUUAGCCAACACACAUAAUCUGCAGGAUGCGCAACACGCGAUUGUCGAUUCGAUACUGCUGGUUGGGCACAAACUUGCACACCUGGCCCUGCCUGCGGCGCAGUUCGAGGAAAUUGGUCGGCAGGCCUGCAGUGGCGAUGAGUGGCUGAGCCAGCCUGAACAUACUCAACACCAGGCUCUGGUAAUAGAACUGGCGACGAUCAAUCCCGAAGAUGUUGAUCGUCUGCUUGCAUUGCGCAGUGCAUACGAAAAAAUUAUUGUCGUCUACAAUUUUGCCAACCGCACCAGCCUGCGGCACCUUGAACUCGGUGGCACCAGCGUCACCCAGGCGCCAAUGUCAGCAGAGACAUUGAUGAGUGCGUUGCAAUCCAAACCCAUUGAUUCAGACCUGCUCGAGCAACCCGCCGCCCGGGCACGCUUCAGCGACGCGACACUGGCCCAGAUCGCAGCCAUGACGCCAGGGUUACAGUGUGAAUGUCCUAAUCACAUCGCCAGCCUGUUGAUGAGCAUUGGUGCUUUUGAGCAGUAUUGUCGGGAGUGUGAAGACACGGACCCCAAAGAGAAGGUCCUACAUCAGCAUCUGGCGGAACUGUCGGCGGCUGCGAGAGGCAUAUUUGAACAGGCAUUAAUCGAGGUUGCCAAAGCUGACAACCUCGAUCUGGCCGCUAUAGACGCUGCGACCGUUAACGUAGAUCAGCAGGAAGCUUAG